AUCUUAUCAAGCUCACUGCGCAUAAUACAGUAUGGGCGUGUAUGAACAGACUUCACGAGACGAGUUUGACUACGAUGAGGACCUUGACGAGGACGAAUACGAAGUAGAAAAAAUCCUUAAGCACCGAUCUGUUCUUCACGGAAGGAAACGCCUUACAGAAUAUUACAUCAAAUGGAAAGGAUUCGAUGACAAUUGGAACACGUGGGAACCUGAUUACAAAGUAGACGCAGACGAACUUGUCAAUGAAUACUGGCUGAGCAAACCAAAGAAAAGAAGGCUAGCAAAACCUCCUUCUAAUACCGAAAAACUACCACGAAGCAUUACUAGCGAUCCCUUAGUCUCGGCUCUCGAACAAAAUUCGGAGCCACCAUCACGCGUACACAUACAGCUAUCAUCACCAGUACCAGCACCAGCAUUAACACUAGCAUCAGCAUCAACUCCACCACAGCAUUCAUCGACAACCAACGGUUUAUCGACCUACAACAGCUUUGUACAUACGGGAUUCAACGAGGGAAUGCAAGAUACGGCACGGGAUGAUUCGGUGUCAUUUACCUCGGACGUAGAAGACGAGGAGAGCUUAGCACUGAGCACUUCUGAGCAACAACCGCCUUCAAAUUCAUCAGCUUCAACUGCUACUACCACCGCUUCAGUACCAACACCAUCAAGUACAAUGUGGUCCGGCGACUCCGGGGUGGAUGAAAUUAUAUUCGACUUGGACUUUAGGAUAGAGCUGUCUUGGGACUGGAAAACCAGCGUGCGUUGUAUUGAAGCAGUGACACAAGAGGGUCCUGUUUUGUACGGUGUUGUAAGAUGGUAAUAUACGUUUCUGCUUUGAUGAUGAGGCUACGAGGAAAGUUCAAAGACAAAAUAUUAAUGUGAGCUUUAAAAUGACAAAAAGGGAGGAUGACACGCUCUCCAUGUAUCCGACUGAUUUAAUCCGACGGCGAUGUGCUCAAAAGGUAAGAGAAUGUGCGAAAAUUGCUAAAGCAGAGCUGGGCAAGGAUAUGAAAAAUGGGCAAGCUUAUACUUUUUUCCGAAUGCAGUUGAUUGAUUUCUAUGAGCGCAAACUGGAGUACGAGCAAGGUUAAGCAGCGGACCAUGAGCCAAGUAAAUAAUUCACAAUUACUAAUGAAAACACUGCCCUAUUUUCCCACCUGCAACCUUAAAAAUUACGUUUACUGCAUUUCUCUUUUCUUUUUUCUUUUUUCAUCAAACUGCCAUUCAAUAAAUUGCGAUAAUGGAUAUCAAAAAUUUGUUCAACGUUAAGGAUAAG